AUGUCUACACAUCUGCAAUUCUAUCUUCCCGGCCCUUGUAAUAAUGCUACACCAACACAUCUGCAGAGUAAGCUGGAGGGAGAGACCCAAGAAUUAGAAAAGCAGCUAAUUUCAGUUCUAAAAUCCCCCGCUCCAUAUAUUGCUCUGAUCUUACUAUUGCUGGAUAGCCAUGUGUUGAUUUCGCCGGUGUCGAUUUUAUGGAUCUCGCGAUCUGUACGUGCGCCGGCAUCUUCUCAAGCUUUGGAUACAAACUGCGGCGGCAUUAUGGAGAAUCUAAACUGGUCGAUAUCAGUGCUCCGGGGAAUGCGUCAAGAUGCGGUUAAGCUCAGGACCCGAGCACGGAACAUCAACCAUGCGCUUCCAGAUCCUUUUGAAUCUGUAGUGCAUUUGUCGUGGAUCUGUAAUCGCACGAUUUACUGGAUCCUGGAGCUGCCACUUGCAGCUCAGGUUCCAUGA